AAGAGCCUCUCCACUCGAGUAGAAUUAGUAUACUAAGAGGAAAGUAACAUUUCUGGGAAGAUUACUACUCUCUCGAGCUCGUCGUGACGUGUAUCGCCACACCUCGACAUGGACGAUGAAACGGCUGAAAUCGAGCUGCUUGAGCAGAAUUUGAAUAAGACGCGUCAAAUAUCCCAACGAAUGACUACUAUUUUGAGCAGCCUAGAUGGUCGAUUAAUCAAGCUCGAAAAGUCCAUACUGCCCUUGUAUACCUCGACCCAAGUCUUGACCCGAAGAGGGAAUAACAUCGAGGCUGCGCUACAGAAGAUAUACGAGGUUGCUAGCAGCCAGGAAGGCAGCGCUGCUGAAGAGGCCCUGAUUCUACGCGGUCCGCAGCCUGACCAACUAGGAGCGUACCAAGAUGCUUUGGAACGCCUGAACGCGAGCAUUGCUUUCAAAGCUCAAGACCGCGACUCCGGUGCUAGAGAGAACGCUCGACUCGUUGAAAGUGGGGCAAAGAAGCUCGCUCAAAUGUUCACCAAGCUCGUCGCAGAAGGCUCCUCUGGGACACCGCCCGCCAGCACCGACUUUGAGCUCUCUACAUUCUCUCCUUCGCUGAUGGCGGAUCUCAAGCCCUUAGUUGCUUUCCUCCGCACUUUACCAUUACCAUCCACACAUCCGUCUCAUCCCGCCGCGCCGGCUAUCCUAUCAACCUUGAAGGAGGCACAGAACGGAUACGCAGAUAUGCGCGGUAAUUGGAGCAAGAAGUGCUUGGAGGCAUAUGGGAGAAGGGUGGUCGAGCGUGCAGAGACCAUGGAGGGCGUUCCCGCGGGUCGGGAACUGGGCAAGUGGAUCGAGAACCUCCUUGAAGUGGCUGAGUCGGAAUAUAACCUGCUGAACGAGCUUUCACCACUGCAAAACCCUUCGCUGCUCGCCACAACAUUCGCCACACUCCUCAACCCUAUCAUCCGCUUGUACAACGACACAAUGUCUUCUCUGUCGUCACUCAUUAAGCGAUCACUGCACAAGUAUACGUUCCUCGCGCUCUCCUCGUACUCUGCGCUAGCAUCGCACCAAGCUAGUUGGGAUUCCCUCAUCACACGACGAGCGGACCGAAGCGCCAACGAGCUCAGAGAUGGCCUGAACUCGCUACGAGGCGUCUGUUUGCGCAGCUUCCCCGAGUUUUUGGCCGACCUCAAGCUUGCGGCUCUAGGAAAGGGCGGUGAACUCGGUACGGGAUUGGCAGACUUCACCGUUUCUACUGUCAGGUACAUGGAACAGAUUGUCCAGGUGCAGGACGGCGUUGGGUCCUCACUGGUCGCUCUUGGUGACGGUAACUGGAAGAUGGGCGAAGGUAUGCGAGCGGCUGCGAACAAGGGCCCCAAACUCGGUGAAGGAAGCGAGCAUAUCCUCAUCGAGCACUAUAUCUAUGACGUGGUCAACACGACCAUUGGCAGCCUUCAAACCCUCUCCCGCUCCGAACGUAUCCCGGCCUUCGGCUCAGUCUUUCUCCUGAACAACAUCUCCUACCUUCGAACAUAUCUCCUCCGCCCUCGAGCCCCUCUCUUCGCCCUCCUCUCUCGACCCACUCAAGACGUCAUUACCUCCAGCUUCAGAACCGCCAAAGCGGGCUACUUUGAUUCGAACUUUUCGCCUCUCAUUCAGGUCUUAGCAGAUGACAAAGAUUCUAAGGGAGGUAAAGCAGCGAUGAAGGAGAAGUUUGUGCGAUUCUUCGAUCUGUUAGAGGAGGUCAAAGAGAGACAUAAGAUGGCGAAGGUGCUGGAAGGGGACGACGAGGAUGAUGCGAGGGAGAUGUUGAUGGAGGAGGCGGUGAAGCUUGUGGUUCCGAGCUUGCAGAGAUUUACGCAGAAGACGAAGGAGAAGGAAUUUAGCAAGAAUCCGUCCAAGUAUAUCAAGAUGUCGCCCGAAGAAGUAGAAACGCAGAUACGCAGCCUUUACUAGACUCUUUGUAUCUCAUGACGUGGGAUGGAUAUGCGG